GAAAGAAAUAAGUAGAGAAAGUAAAGUACUGUCAUUUUCAACUUGAAGUUGAAUUUUGAUAACUUCUUUUUCUAUUAAGUUAAUGUGCCCUUUUCCAUGUCUGUAGCUUUGUAAUUUAUUGACCUAACUAGGUUUCCUUCUUUUUCUCUCUUUCUUUGUAGCUUCAUAAUCAAUAGCUACAUAAAUCUUUAACGAGAGCGUUUUGCUCAAGUUAAUUGUGUGAACAUUAGUGAGUUGAUCUUAUGGAAGACUUGCAUAUACUUGAUCUUCCUUCUGUGCUGUCAUCAUCAUCAUGUUCAGAUCAUGACAAGUUAAUCCAAGCAGUUGGAAGCUCUUCUCAUGGAAACUACAUCGCUAAUCCUACCAACAAUUCCAUGCUUCAUCAUCAUUUUGAUGCUACUGGAUCCUUGGAUAUGGCCGAUCUGAUCAAGGCUCAAAUCGCCUCUCACCCCCUUUAUCCAAAUUUACUUUCUGCUUAUAUACAAUGUCAAAAGGUCGGAGCUCCUCCAGAAAUGGCUUCUCUUCUAGAAGAAAUGGGUAGAGAAAAUUUUAGUACAACAAGGAGUCGUAGUGAAAUAGGAGCUGAUCCAGAGCUCGACGAGUUCAUGGAAUCAUACUGUGAGAUUCUUGAGAGAUACAAGGAGGAUCUUUCAAAGCCGUUUGAUGAAGCAAAAGACUUCCUAAACGACAUGGAAUCACAACUGAGAAAUCUUUGUAAAGGAGAACAGACAAGAAAAUUUGAUUAUGAAUAUAGAUCGGAUGAAGCAGCUGGGACAUCAGAGGAGGAACAAAGCUACGCGGAGGCGGCUGAAUAUUGUCGAGAUCAAUCUGUUAGUGUAGUCCAAGGUGAAGAGGAGGUUAAAGGAAUGCUGAUGCGCAAGUACAGUGGAUAUCUUACCACUUUAAGAAACGAAUUCUUGAAGAAAAGGAAGAAGGAAAAGCUGCCAGAAGUUGCAAGGAUCAAACUCAUGGACUGGUGGAACAAUCACUACAGAUGGCCAUAUCCCACGGAAGAGGAGAAAGUGAACUUAUCAGAAGAAACUGGACUAGACCCAAAGCAAAUAACCAACUGGUUCAUCAAUCAGAGAAAGAGGCACUGGAAACCAUACGAAGAAGUGAGAUUUGCUCUCUCGGAGCUUGUCCCCACAAACAAUUUGAAGAGGCCAUCUUCUUAGACAUUGGAAAUGAGACUAGAAAUAAUCAAUAAUAAUCCCACCAAUGAUAUCAAAA